AUGACAAUGCAUGUCCUAAGAAUUCCUGCCCACGCCUUGGGCGAUUUUUCGCACAAUGACAAGGUAGUGAUAACCGGGAGUUUUGACAACUGGGAGCAUACGAAACACGUUUUGAACUACAACGACAGUGACAAGAAUUACACGGUGUCUAUUCCAGAUGCAGGCUCGGGCCUCAUAACAUUUAAGUUUGUGAUCAAUGAUAGAGAAUGGGUUACGCUGUCGUACUUCGAGACGGAGACGGACAGCAGGGGGCUCGUCAACAACGUCCUACGAUUGCAGGAUCACAACGAUGAGUGCCUAGACGAUAUUACGAUUUCUAGCGUCAUCCACACGGACCCUGUUCCGGGAAGCAAGUCUGUGCCACCAACCUCCCGCGAUCCGCAACCGUGCCAAAAUAGCAGCGCCAAGCUGAGCGAUAAAUCCACCGAGGCGGAUCCAGUGCCCACGAAUUCGUCAACCUUCAACGCUGUUAGUUCCAAGACUACGUCUUCUUCUAGCCGGGCACCACAUGCACCGCCUGUGGAACACGACUACAUCCACGUCUCCUCGCAGGACGAGCUCAGUAGUACUGAGAAUCUCGACCUGACGGGACACGAAAGCUGCGAAUCGCAGGAGCAUGUUGGCCAAGCCGAACCUGCAGACGGCGAAUACGACUCUCAGGAACUCGAGGAGCAAACUACACCUGCGUCUCAGAAACGUCUUCGAUCGCUGGUGUCCGUGGUUAAGCGUGUGAAGAUGUACUGGAGUGGCUGA